CAUGGAGGAUCUGCUUCAGCUCUAUAUCUGGUUAUAUAUUUGCAUGAGUUAUAAUAUAUUACUUGCUCUAUUUGUUUCUUCUUAAAGUAUUUCUAAACAACAAAACAGCCAUUGUCUCUUGGGUUGAAUCCAAUACGAUGAUUAUCGUAUGUAUUCGUUCAUAUAUGUUAAGCAUAGCUAACCAAGUAUCAAUUUCUUUAUCUUUUAUCACUUAGUUUUGGUUUUUUAUCUUUGGAUUUUCUUUUUGUACGUGUACCCAACUUUUUUUUUAUUUUUUUGUAAAACCAAGAUCCAUGGGGCAUGAUGCCAAUUCUGGAGGUCUGAUUCAUUGGUUCAUGCAGUAGAAGAUGAUGAAGGGCUUAUUAUUCCACCACCAACAGCAACAAAAACGAGUUUUUGAAGAGAAUAUGUCGAAUUUGACUUCGGCUUCUGCAUCUGGUGAAGCCAGUGUUUCAUCAGGCAAUAGAAUUGAAGCUGGUUCCAAUUAUCCUCAACAAUACUUCACCACUCAACAACCUCAAGCUCAGCCGGCCAAGAAGAAGAGAAACCUACCAGGCAACCCAGACCCGGAUGCAGAAGUGAUAGCUUUGUCUCCUAAAACACUCAUGCUGACGAAUAGAUUCGUGUGUGAGAUCUGCAACAAAGGGUUUCAAAGAGACCAGAACCUUCAGCUUCAUAGAAGAGGACAUAAUCUGCCAUGGAAGUUAAAGCUAAGAACAAGCAAAGAGGUGAGGAAGAAGGUGUACGUUUGUCCGGAAGCAAACUGCGUUCACCAUGAUCCGUCGAGGGCGCUCGGAGACUUGACUGGAAUCAAGAAGCACUUCUCGAGGAAACAUGGCGAAAAGAAGUGGAAAUGCGAAAAAUGUUCGAAGAAGUAUGCAGUUCAAUCGGAUUGGAAAGCUCAUUCCAAGAUUUGUGGCACUAGAGAAUAUAGAUGUGACUGUGGAACCCUCUUCUCAAGGAGGGAUAGUUUCAUCACUCAUAGAGCAUUCUGUGAAGCUUUGGCAGUGGAGAAUGCAAGAGCAAUCAACCCGCUUCUUUCAGCUCAUCAGCCAGGUGAAGCCUCGUCUCACAUUAGUUUACAAGCGCCACAGUUCAAUCCCCAUGCAUUUUCACUUAAGAAUGAGAAGCAAAGUUUCACUCCUCUAAGGGCAGAGAUUCCUCCAUGGCUGGCCAGCCAAGCAAUGCUCGGGGCUGGUCCUGGCCCACAGCACCCUAUAGACCUUUCCUCCUCAUCAUCGUCAAUAUUCUCCUCGAGAUUAGAUCAUCAAGAUUUAACGCUACAUGGGAACCCCAGCCCUAACCCUAGUCUUGUCCCCACUCUCCCUCCUCCUCCAUACCAUGAAACGACAGUGCCUUCCCCUCACAUGUCAGCCACUGCAUUGCUUCAGAAAGCAUCUCGUAUGGGUUCGACCGUGAGCGGUAAAAUUGGGUCAUCAACAGUACCGGCCUCGUUGAUGAGACCCCACCAACCUACUCACGUGCCUGCUGAUUCUGCUGGCACUAACAACAACACAACAACAGCUGGUUUUGGACUCGACUUGCCUUCACGUGAACAAGAACUCCAUGUGGGUAGUAGUGGUGGACUUAUCCAUGGCUUGCCUCCUUUCGGGAACCGUAAACCUUCUGCUGCCAUCGCAGGCGUUCAUCAUCAUCAUCAUGACAACGUUGUCUCAGAAGAUAGAUGGGAGUUCCAUCAACGAAUCAUUCUCGAAAACAACGACGACAAACGCUACCACUGAGCAGAGUCAAGGCUUGACAAGAGAUUUCUUGAGUCUUAGAGGUUUCUCUCAUGCCAAUAUUCUCAACAUCACUGGCACCAGUAGUUACUGCAUCGAUUCUUCGGAUGAGCAACGCGAGCAGUCUAAGAAAUCAUGGCAAGGUUAAGUAAUAUGCCAACUUUUCUUUCUUUUUUCAUUUGAACUUCUUUUCAAACAUAUCUUAAAUUUCAUAAUCUCUUAUGCUACAA